AUGCGUCAAUGUCAAAGGGCAGAAGCCACCCAGUUGAAGGACACUGUCUUCAAACCUGGUGUGAAAGGGAGACAGGAUUCAGGACAGAACAUCAGACAGGUCACAGUUCAGAACAACUCUGAAAAACAGAAGGAAAAGAAACCUGGAUCCUGCCAGCUCACAAAGCGAUUUUCUACAGUGGUGGUGGGACAGAAGCAAAUCCUGAGAAGCCUUUCUGUCCAGGAUUUAAGUGCCCAUAAUAGGAAGUCAAGCGGUUCUGGAGCAAGAGAGGAAGGCAGAUCUGCGUUUGUCAUCACUGCCAACAGAGGGCAGCACUCACAGCUAUUACAAGCUCUAAGACACAGGCUGGCCCCUGAAAAUCUGGAGAAAAAGCAGUACCAAACCAUCUCAGAGUACCAGUUUAUGAUGCCAGGGAAGACCUUUUACCAUUGCACAAGAGAAGGCAUGAAGCAGCAUCUGCGUUCCAUCUACCUAGGCCAGCCGUCAGCUCUGAAGCUGCCUAAAUCAGCUCGUCAAACAAGCUGGCCUACUCUUUGCCACAGGGAAAAGCAAAAGGUUCUCAGGAAAAAUUCAUUCACACGUGCUCCUUGCCCAAGUCCCAGCAAGGUUCUGGGAGACAGCUCCAGACUGUGCACACUCCGGACACCAUGUGGUCUCAUGGACCUGGCACAUAAGGUAGGAAGGUUAGUGCCCGUCACCAACAGAGUUUGCACACAUCGAGAGAACCCUCCCCAGAAGAGAGCAGCAAACCGAAGUCAUGUGCAACGGAAGCAGCCAAGCACUGCACAGCUCAUCCCCUCAGCCAAGCAGCUCCAGGCUAUCAGUGCAACCAAAGGCAAGAAAAACACAGAAAGACCUGCACAAGAACCCGGAAUCCAUGCCAAUCUAGUCCAGCAGCAUCCUGGCAGAAAGGCAUUAAAGGCUGUUCAAGGGAGGGUUACCAGGGCUACUGGAGAGACAUUGGCAAAGGCGGAGCCCAUAAGAAUUGUGAAUGAGAAACCAGGAACUGGGAACAGCCCAGCUGUGAUUAAAGUCACAGAGCUCCACAUCAGCCAGCGCUCAGUGGAGAGAAAGAACAUGGCUGGCAACUUACCCGAACUCCAAGAAAGCCAGGAUUGUCAAGAACCUGUGACAGCCCAUGUCAAUAAGAACAAUGUCAUUAUCAUCCCCAUGCUCAAUCCUCAAAGUAUGCCUGAUGCAAGCUCAGAUACAGAAUUACUACCUAACACCUGUCUAAGCAAGUCUCCUCUUGAUGGCUCUUUGGCAGAGGAAAGAAGUCAGACAUCUCAUUCCACAACAGUUAGUCCUAUGGAUCCUUCUUUUCCAUCACUACAGGAACAAUCUGCCAGAGUUACAAAGCACUGUGGCUCCCUGGAGCAAGGUGAUGAGCACUGCAUUUCACCUGCAGAAGCCCUGCAAGAGUCCUUAGACUCAGAGAAUGAAAAGAAUGCGUCCUCUAGAGAAGAUGACCUUUUUGUUGCCUUCCAAGAGGAGCACACAGGAAUGGACAUCCUCUUUUUAUUGUCUGAUGAUGAAGAGGAACAGUAGAAGAGGAAUAGAGAAGAAUUCUACAGGGAAACAGUGAGAGGAGCUUCAGCUGGGCUCCAUGAGCAGCUUGCAGGGACUGAACCUAGAAAGAUUUUUUUUUAAACAAACAAACAAAAAAAUAA